GGGUGGGGGCUAGUAUUUGUGGAAUUCUCUGAUCUGUUGCUUGGCAACUUCAAGAGAGUUAAGCUUCUGUAUUCUGUGAGAGUCAGAAUUACAAAGUUUGGUGAGCCCCGUCAAUUAUCUCUUGUGACCAAAAGGAAAUUAAUUGUCCAUCAUUCAGAGGGCUUGAAAAGUUGGCAUCCAGGGCAGGCCAUCCAUAGCUGGCCAUCCAUAGCUAUGUCACACUUCUACUUGACUCCACAAAUCGCUCUGCCCUUUAGCCCUCUGACCUCUCAGGAGUUCGAUCUGAUCAGACGCAAGGCUGGAGCAUCCUGGCAGAAGGAAACGAGAUGGUCAGACUCUUCUGUAACAACAUACACGGGCAGUUACAGGAAAAAACAACUGGAUGAGUCCACCAGCAGCCGAUUUUCUUUUAAAGCAGGACAGCAUCAGCCUGAGUGUAACCAGAUAUCAUCACCAAGUUCUGCCUUCAGUCCCACGGUCUGCAGGCCUGGCCUCCGAGAGACGACAGACGCGAAGGCUCUGACCAACGUGAGCAACACUUGCAUUUCCUGUUUUAUAGACCCAGCUAUCAAGAAAGAAUUAUGA